UCGCAGAGGGCAGUCGGCAACCGAUCAAGUUAGUCUAUUUAUUUGAUCAACACACGCCGGCUUCACCAGAAGCAGCAAGUCACAUUCACGCUACGGUGCCUAGUAGGGUUCAAAUCUCUGCACUUACGCGAUUUGGAAAUUUAGAUCUUUCUUUUCUCAAUGAAGAUGGGAGAUAUGAUAUUCGAAGAACUGGAGGAUUUGAUGCAUUUUUCAGUCCAUGACCUUCCAAACCGGGGCUAUGCGGUCAUGGAGGAGAUCAGAAGACAAGGGAAACUCUGUGAUGUCACCUUGAAGGUGGGGGACCACAAGUUCAGCGCCCACCGGAUAGUCCUCGCCGCCUCCAUCCCCUACUUCCACGCCAUGUUCACCAACGACAUGAUGGAGUGCAAACAGGAUGAGAUCGUCAUGCAGGGCAUGGACCCCAGUGCCCUGGAGGCCCUGAUAAACUUUGCGUAUAACGGGCACGUGGCCAUCGACCAGCAGAACGUGCAGGCGCUCCUCAUCGGAGCCAGCUUCCUGCAGCUGCAGAACGUCAAGGACGCCUGCUGCUCCUUCCUCCGAGAAAGACUCCACCCUAAGAACUGCCUGGGCGUGCGGCAGUUCGCCGAGACCAUGAUGUGCACCACGCUCUACGACGCCGCCAACAGCUUCGUGCACCAGCACUUCGUGGAGGUGUCCAUGUCGGAGGAGUUCCUGAGCCUCCGCCCGGAGGAGGUGCUGGAGCUGGUGGGGUGCGACGAGCUCAACGUCAAAGCAGAGGAGCAGGUGUUCGAGGCGGUGCUGGCCUGGGUUCGGCACGAGCAGGAGGACCGGGAGCCCAGGCUCCCCGAGCUGCUGUCCAAAACCCGCCUGCCCCUCUGCCGGCCCCAGUUCCUGGCCGACCGCGUGCAGCAGGACGAGCUCGUGCGCUGCUGCCACAAGUGCAGGGACCUGGUGGACGAGGCCAAAGAUUACCACCUGAUGCCCGAGCGCCGGCCCCACCUCCCCUCCUUCAAGACCCGGCAGCGCUGCUGCACCUCCAUCGCCGGCCUCAUCUACGCCGUGGGGGGGCUGAACAGCGCAGGUGACUCACUGAAUGUAGUGGAGGUGUUUGACCCAAUCGGGAACUGCUGGGAGCGCUGUCAGCCAAUGAGCACGGCUCGGAGCCGUGUGGGCGUGGCCGUGGUGAACGGGCUGCUCUACGCCAUCGGCGGAUACGACGGCCAAUCGCGGCUCAGCACGGUGGAGGUGUACAACCCAGAGACGGACACGUGGACGCGCGUAGCCAGCAUGAACAGCCAGCGCAGUGCGAUGGGUACAGUGGUGGUGGACGGACACAUCUACGUGUGCGGAGGUUACGAUGGCAAAUCCUCUCUCAGUUCAGUAGAGUGCUACUCGCCAGAGGCAGACCGGUGGACGUUGGUGACGGAGAUGAGUGCCAGUCGCAGUGCAGCAGGGGUGACUCUGUUCGACGGACGGAUCUUCGUUUCAGGCGGUCACGACGGCCUACAGAUCUUCAACACGGUGGAGUACUACAACCAGCACACGGCCUCGUGGCACCCCGUGGUGGGCAUGCUGAACAAGCGGUGCCGGCACGGCGCGGCCGCCCUGGGCAGCCAGCUCUACGUGGCCGGGGGCUACGACGGCUCGGGCUUCCUGAGCGGGGCGGAGGUGUACAGCUCGCUGGCCGACCAGUGGAGCCACCUGGUGGCCAUGAGCACACGGCGCAGCCGGGUCUCGCUGCUGGCCAACUGCGGCCGGCUGUACGCGGUGGGCGGCUACGACGGGCAGUCCAACCUCGGCUCGGUGGAGAUGUACGACACCGACACCAACCGCUGGACCUUCAUGGCCCCCAUGGUGUGCCACGAGGGCGGGGUGGGCGUGGGCUGCAUCCCGCUGCAGCCGGCCUAGCCCCCGCCCCCCCGCCCCCGCCCUGAGGGGAGACCUCUUCUGCUUUUUAUUUUUAAUUUUAACGUUUUCUUUUGAAAAGGCUGAUCAGACUUCCAAAAAAGGAAUCGUGACGAUGAUGAUGAUGAUGAUGAUGAUGGUGGUGAGGGUGAGGAUCAGGACGUGAUGGUCGUGGCGAGAUGCAGCGGCUCUCUUCCUGAGGAGAGGUAGUGACUGAACGGUUGUUUCUUUUUUCGGGCCUUUCAUUUCAAGCCUUGUGGAAUGGGUCACCUGUACAUGGUCGCGCACACACACACACACACACACUCUGCUGUCCUCCUCUCGUUGGAGUUGGUGGACGGGGGAGGCGAUGUUUUCGGUUUCCGUUGGAUCAUGUCGUGGAGCCCUGCGGUCCGCUGACGGGCCUGAGAAUGGCUGACCCGGGACAGGGACGUGGAGCAGGACGAGCCGGGUCCUGUCCAGAGACCCGGAGGACUCCAGAACUGUUCGGACUGAAACGGGAACGGGAGGGGAACGUCCUAACGGGCCACCUCUCCGGAAUAGGUCUACCUGCGCCUGCAACACACAGGGUGUGCAUAUUUCUCAAACAUUUCUUUCCAUUACAGCCUGGGGAACGGUGUACUAGCAAAGAGUGCAGUAGAGGUGUGUGUGCAGUCUACCUGCUGUACAGCGGUGGAGCUGUGUGUGUGCAGUCUACCUGCAGUACAACAGUGGAGCUGUCUGUGUGUGCAGUCUACGUGCUGUACAACUGGAGCUGUGUGUGUGUGCAGUCUACCUGCUGUACAGCAGUGGAGCUGUGUGUGUGUGUGUGCAGUCUACCUGCAGUACAACAGUGGAGCUGUAUGUGUGUGCAGUCUACCUGCAGUACAACAGUGGAGAUGUGUCUGUGUGUGUGUGCAGUCUACCUGCAGUACAACAGUGGAGCUGUGUGUGUGUGCAGUCUACCUGCUGUACAACAGUGGAGCUGUGUGUGUGUGCAGCCUACCUGCAGUACAACAGUGGAGAUGUGUGUGUUGUCAGUGGACACUGCAGUAAGAGCAGUAGGUUCUUUGGGACAUAGAGGAAGCAUGAUUGGGUUUUACCAGUGCUGUCCAGAGCAGGAUCUUACUGCUGUGAAAUCACCUGCAAACAGCUGUUCUCACACACACACACACACACACACACACACACACACACACACACACACACACACACACACACAGACACAGACACAGACACUGGGAGGGGGAGGUGCACAUAAUUAUUUUUAACUGGAAUACUGAGGGAAGGGAGGGGGAUACGGCUUAAUACGGUACAGCAUGACGGCACUCAAGGUUAUUUACACAGAAGCUAGUUCAUUACUGGGAGAAAAUAUUGAACAAUUUCUUUGUUCAAUAUUAUAUUGAACAAUUAUGUGUUGAGUUGGUUAAUUCACAGAAUCUUCCUUUAUUAUUAUUAUUAUUAUUAUUAUUAUUAUUAUUAUUAUUAUUAUUAUUAUAUCAUUUUCAGUAUAAACUUAAAUGGGAAUUUCUACUUUGCACCAGAGCACAGAAGCUAAUGAAUUGUUGUUGGAGGGGUGGGAGACGGAUCUGGAUGCAACGCUGUCAGUCGUAACCCUGUCUGGGGUUCAAAUAAGAGAUUUAUUUGGGGUUUGUAACCGAUUAAGACGCGUCGAGUCCCAGCAGAACUGAUGUCAGAAUGUACCCCCUGCUGCUCCACUGUCCCGUUCCUCAUACGCGCCAGGCUAGGGACGGGUACAGGCCAAAAAAAAAAAAGAAAAAAAACACAACCUGACACGUGCUGCUGGCGUUUUUCACACUCGGACGUGUUUUGCGGCGCGUGCCGUAAAAACACGGUGUGACUUGAGAGUGACAUCAGGUGACAUUACGAUGACCGAGAGCGCGGCCAAAGUUACCUCAGUGUCGGCUGCUUUCUCCUCGUGGUCACAGCUCUGGCUAGUGUGUAAUCUUGUGACACGCUGGUGUGUCAUUUUAAUAGGACACCUUUUGAUACCAAAAAAACAAAAAAAAAACAAAGCAGCUUGCAUCCCGGCAGCCGUUCAACGUUCUUUACAACAUUCUCACAAUGUUCUUACAGCGUUAACGAUGGCGACGUUGCAAGACUUCGUGCUAACUAGCAAGCUUGUCACCUUGGAGGGGACCGACUUAAAAUGUUAACAUUCCAUCUGAAACCGGGGCCACUUCGGUCUCUGUUCAGUGGCUCUGAUUUCCAUUGGGCAGUGGCAUUUUGUUCUACAGACACAUACAUAUAAGACUUAGGCCCGGGUUCAACAUAACCAGACUGCUCUCUAUCUACUUUUCAGCGACAGAGCAACAGCAUUUUUGGCAGCAGCCGAAUUUAAUAUUUGCGUGAAGAAAACUUUGUCAAAGUGAAGGAAAAAUCGUGUAAUCAAAUCUGUUGCUGCAGUCUGAUGCAAGAUAAAUUUAACGUGGGAUUAACUACUGUGAACUCAUAAUUUUGAUGUUAAUAAUCGUCAUUGCUGCAUUUUUCUGCUGAUAUUAUUGUAACGUACAUUUUUUGUAUCUUCCGAUUAUGAUUGCAGUAUUUUUUACAACUGAUUUUUGGUACUGUACCUCAAGACUUCUUAAUAUUUAUUUUUCGUUAUGUAUGUUUUCACUUAGUGCAUUUGCACGUACCUGUUAAUAACUUUUAACUCUUGGAAAAAAAACUUUAAAUUGUUAUUAUUGUUAUAAUUAUUGAAAUCUAAAUCUGAAUGUUAAUUGAAUAUGUCGAUCUCUCUUCUGUCCCCCGGUGUUUUCUACGUCUCUUGGUGACGCGAACACUGGCGGGUGAUUGUUGAACAUUAAAGGAAAAGGACUUCCA